CGUCAGGGAGAAGAAGAGGCCCAAGUUUAGGGGUUUUUUUUUUUCCAUCUUAAUCGACAGACAGACCAACUCAAUUACUAUAUCCGAAGUUACUUUAACUGAACUGCUAUUCGUCAUUCGCAAAUUACUGGGUGACGUUCACAUUUUUAAUUGAAAUGACAUUUUUGCCCUUGUGAGUAUUUUAUCUAUUUAAGGGUCCACCAUGGGUAAAUUUAGUUACCGACAACAUUAAAAACAUUACCGAGCCCACCACUUGUGUUAAAAAAAUCCCGAGCAUUAAAAAAUCCCGGUUCCACCAUUGUACGGUAAUCCCGAGGAAUUUAAAAAUCCCGGGCCAGAAAAGGAAAGUGUACGGAGUGAUGUUUUACGAUGGACGACGACAACGUUCACACGCCGGAGGGUUCGACGGAAGAAUCUGAUUCGGAGGUUGAAGACGACGGUGACGUUGUGAAUUACAGUGCACAUUUUGUGACAGACACGGUUUUUCUAACGUUUGACGAUGCAGUUACAUGGGCGGAUGCUGUUGCAAUAAAUCUGGGAUUUAUUUUGGUGAAAUCGUCUUUCAACAAACAGAGGGAUGGUCGACCAGUUCGAUAUUUAAGAUGUGACCGGGGACACAUGAGUAAGCCGAGAGAUCUUGAGAACGCAAUUCGGAAGGACACCAAAACCAAGGGCAUUGGUUGUCCUUUCUACAUCAAGAUAUGUUACGAGUUCGUCACCAAUACUUGGUUUAUCCGGGCGAAAGAUGAUGUAACUGGGACCCACAACCAUCCAAUGAUUGCGUAUCCAGAGGGUCAUCGUAAAAUUAGUGGGUUGAGCCCGAAUGCGAAGCAGGUUGUGCGUGACAUGACGAAGUCUAAGGUUGCACCGCGUAACAUCAUGGCGACUAUUGCGGAGCAAUUUCCUGAUGAUCAUCCCAGGCGCUCCAUGCUCUUGUUAGGGCACCCCGAUCCAACAUCCCAGGCGGACGCACGAGGAAUAGCAAGCUCUCUGGUCAAGGUCCCCUGCUGAGGCCGGAAACACGGAAAGUACUCGUAGAUCCACGUCUGUAGAAGCGUAAGGCAGCCAGCGAUAGAAUCAGCAUCUCUUCGUGAUGCUGUACCCAAUUGCCGGUACAUGUAUGCUAGCACAGCA